AUUCUUGUCUCGACAUUGCGUCACUUCCAUAUACCCCGGCAAGUGCUAGCUAGCUAGAGACGCUAGCCGGAAAGCGUUUGGAAUUUGGUGAUAAGAAACAGAAGUGUACAACAGAUAAGUGAAACGGUCUGAGCCGCCAUCAAGGUAUACCAUGGAGGAACCAAGUGCAGAUAUAGAAGUGACAGUGAAAACAUUGGACUCUCAGAGCAGAACCUACACUGUUGGCGGUCAGUUGACCAUAAAAGAGUUCAAGGAGCACAUCGCAUCUUCUGUGGGGAUACCUAUUGACAAGCAGAGGCUCAUCUACCAGGGCAGAGUCUUGCAGGAUGAAAGAACCUUGGCAGACUACAAUGUGGGCGGUAAGGUGAUUCACUUAGUGGAGCGUGCACCCCCUCCGCCCUCCCAACCCGGCUCGGGUGGCACCUCAGCUGAUGGCGGAGGUAGCUCAUCAUCAUCACAGGACGGGCCUCAGGCACCUCCACACGACCGCAACGCCAACAGCUAUGUCAUGUUGGGCACCUUCAACCUCCCCGUCAACAUCAUGGACCCCCAACAACUACAGAUGUCAGUACAGCAGAUGGUGUCCGGCAUGGGAGACAAUGCGAGGAACGCCAGAGUGACAACCAGCACUGGGAGCAACGGAUCAGUGAACGUGCACGUUGACAUGGAUCAGCCGGUGCACAGCGAACCACGGCUGAGAUUGGUGUUCGCUGAGAACAUGCUGAGGGACGUCAAUGAUCUCAUUGAAAGGAUGGAGGGUCGGGCAGACGACCCGUCUGUUCACACCCAAAGAGAGAUUCCAUCCACCGCUGCCCCACCACCUCCUUCCUCUUCGUCCACCACCUCCACCCCUUCUCCCUCUGCUCAGCCUAUGGACACCUCUCCUCCCCCGGUGACGCCGCCGCCGCCACCCCCGCCGUCCUCGGCGCCACCUGAGGGACCGACACCUCAACCUGGACCCCAACAUCCCAGCCCGACCGAGCUGGCCGAGAUGUUGUCAGAACUGCGGCGGGUGGAGGAGAGGCUGCAGCCCUUCAUCCAGAGAGCCCACACUAUCUUGGAGACGGCCACGUCCGCAGAAUACAACAACAACACAGAAAGAGAGGACGACCAGCAGACACUGGUCCUUACCUGGGAGUGUCUGCGUCUUUUGGGCAACGCCUUGGUGGGCCUGAGCGACCUGCGGCUGAAUCUCCUGAGCCCAGUGCCGCGCCACCUCCACGUGGUGCGGCCCAUCUCCCACUACACAGUUCCUGUCACAAUGCCCGGCGCCGUGCACCACCAUAUUCCCGUGCAAAUGAACCUGGGCGCCACCAUGUCCGCACCCAACGGCACCGAGGGACAAACCCCGCCCGCCCCGCCGGCCGGCCAGUCGGAGCAGGCAGGUCAGGGACAGACCUCUUCCCCGUCCAAUCAGCAGGCUGGACAGGGACAGGUCCAGGGGCAGGGCCAGGCCGGCCCCCGGGUCAUCAGGAUCAGCCACCAGGCAGGCCCGGUGGUCAUGAUGCAGAUGAACACGGAUGGCACAGGUCCAAAUCCGACUACUGGUCACCAGAUGCCAGGACAGCCAGGUGGUCUUCCACCCGACUUCAUGCGCAAUCUCAUGCAACAGAUCACUCAGUACGCCACGGCCGUGGCGACCAGCGCGGCCACCGCCGCCGCCACGGGCCAACCGGUCCCGCCGCAACCCACCCCUCCCGGCUACAAUUCCACGGCCAAUUCCUCAGCCACAACCACAGGUCCCAACACCCCGACCACCACGCCCACUGCACCGCCGCCGCCCCCUCACGCCGGCCCACACCCCCAAGCCAGAGUGGUGUUCACCCGGCCCCCUUUCGCUCCGAACAUCUCUCUGCCGGCGUUCGGCACCCGAGGGACCACCAUCAAUGUUAGGGCCGCCAUGCCGGGCCAGCAGCCAGGGCAGGCUUUCAACGCUGCAGCUGUCAACCAGAUGAUCAGUGCGGUGGUUGGUCAGCUUCUGAUGCCAGGACAAAUGGCUGGUCAGACGGUUAACGGCUCCACCACCGCCCCAACACCCUCCUCCACGUCCUCUUCCGCUUCAUCCCACACAUCCUCUUCCUCCUUCUCUGUCUCGAGCGGCGAAACCAACACCGCCGGCCCGCCAAAUCAGUCCGAGGGGAGCGGUGGCGAGCAAGCCCAGCCGCCUGAGAUGCACCCGGACCUCGGCCAAAUGCUUGGCUCGCUGCUCGGCGCCACCGGCCAGGCGGGGGCGCCCUCCAUCACGGUCACCACCUCCAGCAUCCCCAACCUCAUGCGCGGGGUGGCUGACUUGAUGCAGCAGCCCAUCUUCUCCCAGCCGCCGCCGCCUCCUCCGCCGUCCACCGGCACGAACGGCGAUCCCAAUGCAAGCACCGAUCCCACGACCAACCCCGCAGCGGCGCCUACCGACGCCCUCAACCCGGAGCCGUUUAUCGGCAUCGUGCGCGGCGUCCUCACCAGCAUGAUGGGCUCCUUGGGCCAGGCGCAGAACGACACGGAGAGCAUCGCGCAGUUCAUGCAAAGGCUCUCGCAGAGCACCAACAUAUUCAUCAGCCCCGAGGAGCCAUCUGGGUUCUUCGGUGAGCUGCUGAUGCUGGUUUGUCAGACGUUCACCAUGUCAGACCUGGUCAUGCUGCUGCACGGCCAUCACCAACCGCUGGCCCGUAUCCAAACCCAGCUGGCCCAGUUCUUUCACCAGAACUACCUCAACGGCCAAGAGCCCACCGAUGCAAACAUCGCUGCUGCUGCUGACGCCAUCGUGCAAGAACUGGAGGAAGACAUCAACGAGAGCUUUAGGGAAUCCUCGGUCACCGUGCUGGAGGGUGUGGAUGUCACCCAAACCAACAUGUCCUUCUUUCGACAGCAGCUGACGCACAUCGCCACACACAUCCUUCGUUGCACAGAUGAUUCUUUCGGGCUUCGUCUGCUUCAGUUAUGCAACCAGGCUCUGUUUGAGUGUCUUGCACUUAACCUGCACUGCCUGAGAGGAGACCAGCGCGCUCUGACCACCGUCAUCAAUCACCGCAUCCGGAGGAUGUCAAGCGACGUCAGCCCUAGCCUGCUCAACUGGAUGACCAGCAUGAUGACCAUGAGGCUGCAGUACGUCCUGGAGCACCUUCCCAUCACCACGGAGCAGAUCCAGAAUUACAUUGUUUACACACAGAGGGUUCAGCCCGCCGCGACUGACACACAGGAACCAGAACAGACACAAAGUGCGACGAUGAGCGAGACCCUCUCGCCAGCUGCCGCUACCACAGCAGAGGAGGCCAUGUCGGUGUCGUCGUCACGGGAGACUAGAGCUGCACCCGCCGACCUGGGCGCCGCAGGUGGGGCUGCUCCGUUGGGUGGUGACAAGGCGGCGGCGGGAGCCGAGGGCACCAGCGAGGUCUCGGCUGGCGAGUCGGAAGCCUGGGCAGCUACUGUACCUCCUGAGUGGGUGCCCAUCAUCCGUUGCGACAUGAUGACCCAGAGGAAGAUGAAGGCGCAGCCGCCGCUGUCCGACGCCUACUUGCAUGGCAUGCCGGCCAAACGCAGGAAGACGGGACUGGGCAGCGGGAGCCUGGUGUCGCUGUCGGAUGCCGUGAGCCAGGCGGCCAGGACAGCUGGCGUCAAGCCCAUCACGUCCGGCGAGCGUUUGCAGGAAGAGCUGGACUCACCCCAGUUGAGGGAAGCUUACUCGGAGCAGGUGAAAGCAGACAUCAAAAAGCGAGUGCGAGACGACACUGACUUCAGCGCUCAGCAAUUCCCAGACACGCACAGAGCCUUCUUGUCAGAUUCGUAGUACGCUUUCCAUCGUCGUCGCCGACCCACCCAUACCACAUCGUACAUCCUUCCCUCCCUUCCGCCUUCUUCACUCCUUUUCUCUUCUUUUCACUCAGCCCAGUUCUAAUGACAGGAUGCUAAUAGUGCCUAUUUAUUAUUGUUCUGUGUGUUCUUUGCUCCCAACUCUUCUUAAUGUUCUGAUUUGAUUUGACUGAGGCUGAUUUCGUCGAUUUGUUAAUUUAGUGAAUCUUUUUUUUUUUUUGAGACGUUUUUUUUAGCUUGAACUGUCUCUCUCUCGGCCAUCUCUCAAAACUCUUGUUUCGUACAUCAAUGUACAGCAAACCCUUAAUUUUAAACAAAAAAAAUCAUCACACUGUUAUCGGCAAAGGAAAAAAAACAAAAAAAAACAUUGCUUGUGUCCAAUGCGAUGAUGCAUUUGUCCACUAGAAGGCGCUGUAUUAUUCCACUUCUGCGCUCCCCAGUGCUUGUGUGUCACCUUUCAUGGGGUUUUUCGUACAUGAAUGUACAGUAAUGCUUAAUAAAACAAUCUUGGUUUAAUAAACAUUACAA